AUUUAAGACUCGCGGCAAAAAUUGAUUCCUUUGUUGAAGCCUUUUUAGCCUCUUCUUUCUUUUUUUCUCCCCUCCCUAUAAAUUCAUGGCAAGAUGGGCAAAUUUCCAUUUUCAGAUUGAUCCAGCCCUAUCCGACAGAAUUAAUGGCGGAGGGAGGAGAGGAGACAGACGACGAGCAGGACGUCCGCUACUGCCCGAAGGAGAAAGGAAGAGAAGGAAGAUUGCACAUGAUAAGGAAAGUCGGGCAAAUAAGAAGGUGUCAUAUCCCACCUUUAGUUAUAUGGUAUUCCUUCAUUACGGUUUAAUUUCCUAUAUGUUCACUCUGCUUUAAGCAAGCCAAGUGAAGGAUGAGGUAGUAAUGUACAAGCUUAAAGGAAGCUCCCAUGACUAGAUGAUAAGCCCUUGAGCUUACAGCUGAGUUUUCACCUUUCCUCUUACUCUCCAGUCCUAGGGCUGCAGCAAACUUUUUAUCAAAGAUUUUUGUUCUUUAAUUCCACAACCUUCCAGCAACCCUAAAGAUGUGGAGAAGAAUCUAUUAAUCAUUGAUCUUGAGUCUAUCCUCUUUUAGUUUGUUUUUUAUUUUUUUAUUUUUUAUUAUCUUUUUGGAUGCAUUAAUUAUGUCAGCAUUUAAACGCUGACCUAAUGGUUUGAUUAAAAGAGGUCUUAGAUAUAUUAUCUGUUUUUUUUGGUGUUGAUGGAGGGGAUAUGGACCAUUUGUUUCUAAAAUGCACUCAGUCCCUAUAUCUUUGGAUGAGGCGCUGUACUCAGGGGGGAUUUGGCUCUGUUUUGCACUGAUUCUGUUGAUACUUGUUGUCUACAUUUUGUCUAUGGGAUGUUUGAUAGUUACAUAUAAAUGUUAAGGUUGGGACAUUAGUUUUCUUGGUUAAUUAUUUUGUGGUUGAUUUGGAAUGAUAAAAAUGAUCAAUGGGAGAAAAGCAAAAUUUUUGAAUUCGUUCAGGUCAUCAAGUAGUUUGUGUGGUUAAAGAGGAAGCUGGAAAGUGUUGCAUGCAUAUGUUUUUGCAUUAGUGAUUGUGUUCAGUUUCUGUCCUUGUGUGUAGAUGAGAUAAAAAGGCUGUUAGAGUGGCAGAUGAUGGUUGUUUGAGUCCUAGUAGUUAGCUCUGAGUUUUACUUUUUAGAGUUCUGUUUAUUGUUUGUCAGGUUAAUUUUGUAUAUUCUCAGGUACAAGUUAAUUUAGUUGAAUUUAGUGAUAUUUUUUCUUUGUAAUUAAAGAUUAUUGUUUGAA